AUGGCUUGGUGGGACAGUUCUAAGCCCUACUGGCUCGAAAAUCUCGUACCAAUCUACACACAAGAGAUCUAUAACUUCCGAGCAGACCUUGAGAGCGAAAUUGAGAUUCUAGUUAACCACCCAGGCCAUCAGCACAUAGUGAGCCAGAGACUUACUAUGACUGCUAGAUCCAUGUGCAAGAUCAAAAUGCUGGCGUCGGAUAUCUCGGUGUAUUUCCCGGAUCAUCCAUUUGUCACUCGCAAACGCCUUGGGUUUUUCCAGACUACUUUCCCUCGACUUUGUGAUUUUAUUGAGAGGACUUUGAUUGAGCUGAGUAGGACUCUGAUGAAGGAUCUGCGGAGUGAGAGGUCUGUUGCAUGGCAGCUUCAGGAUAUGCUGGAUUCGCUAUAG